CUCCGAGGCGAUUUCUACCUGACGGGUGACAGAGGAAUGAUGGACGAUGAAGGAUACCUGUGGUUCAUCGGCAGAGCUGAUGAAGUCAUCCUGUCCGCAGGGUACCGCAUUGGUCCAUUUGAGGUGGAAAACGCUUUGAUAGAGCAUCCAGCCGUAGCAGAAUCUGCUGUGGUCAGCAGCCCUGAUCCAGUUCGAGGAGAGGUGGUGAAGGCUUUUGUUGUGCUCACAGCAGAUUAUAAAUCAAGAGACCAUAAGGAACUGAUCCAGGAACUGCAAACACAUGUGAAGACUGUGACGGCUCCUUAUAAAUAUCCACGCAAG